ACAGAUCCAGAAAAAUAAAAAAUAAAGUAAAUAAAUAUAGAAAUGCUGCGCAAGCAAAGCAUGCUUCCUUUACAUUUCCACCCCUAGGAGAUUCUCUCAUUUAUUCAAAUUAAUUUGUAAAUAAAUCCACUCCAGAUUACAGAGGAUGGAGAUGGGGAAGAGGACGUGGAAGAUGGAGAGAGCGUUGUGGUUGCUGGUUGUUGUAGUGUUAGCGGUUGUGGUGGCGCCGGCGGAGAGUGCCGGUGAGGUGAAGAUAAGGCCAAUGCCGGCGUCGGUGAGCUCCGGUGACAAGAGGCUUCACUUGAGUAAGGAUUUUGAGCUGUUGACUCAGGGGACUGGCUACAAUGAUGCUUCGGGGAUAUUGAAGGAUGGUUUCUACAGGACGCUUUCUGUGGUCAAUAAUGGCCAUGUCGUCGACGAUAAUUUCUCCAAUAAGUCAUCUCUGCUCAGCGGAUUGCACGUUGUGAUUUCAUCGCCAAACGAUCAGUUACAAUAUGGCAUUGAUGAGUCCUACAAAUUAAUGGUCCCUUCGCCGGAAAAUCAAGCUUAUGCCCACCUUGAAGUAUUUCCAAUUUACCCUUUUUCUUCUAUGGUCAAUGCUUCUUUUAGGAAAUAUUCGGUUUUGAUUAUCGGAAACAUACCGGCAUGUUUCCUAAUUAUCAAGUAGUUGGGUUUUUGUCGAGCUUUUAAAUAAUUCCAGUUUAGCUUUGAUAUGUUGAAAGAUUUCGUUGAUCUAUUGUAAACUACUCUGGGAUUGUUUGACCGUGCUCAGUAUAAUUUACUUUGACGCUUCAGGGAAAGGGAAAGUGCUUUUUGGAAUUAGGUCUGUAUUUGUUGGGUCACAUGUAGAUAAUUUUUAAAAAAAUUAAUUUUCCUUU